CCUGCCAGCCAUGACACGCACUUUAAAAAGAGAAGGAAAAUGUCGCCUGGUCCCGGAGCAGAAGAGGAGGCGUCGUUCAGCAUGGAAACAAUGUGCAAGGAACAAACAACUGGUGUUUGCUGUGGUUUCCGUCAGUCCAUUGAGGUGUUGGGUGUUUUGGGCAAAUUAGGCCGGAGUGUUAAGGGGUUAUUGCUGUCGGACUUUGUCCAUAUUAUUUGCCACGGGAUUUUAAAAACAUCAUUGCCAUCACCGUCUAUAUUCCUCCGACUGGUAAAGCAGACGCGGCCUGUGACGUCAUCCACUCUGUCAAUGCCAACCUGCAGACUAAACAUCCCAGUGCCUUCAUCUUCAUCACAGGGGACUUUAACCAUGCCUGUCUCUCCUCCAGUCUCCCCACAUACCAUCAGUAUGUCCAGUGUACAACAAGAGACAAUAAGACUUUGGAUUUACUGUAUGCUAAUGUCACCAAUGCAUACACCUCCACUGCACUCCCUCCACUGGGCAAGUCUGACCACAGUCUUGUCCUGCUCUCCCCAUCAUACACACCUGUGGUUCAGCAGCAGCCAGUCACUGUGAGGACUGUUAGGAAAUGGUCUAAUGGUGCCAUGGACGCCCUGCGUGAUGCUCUGGAAACCACUGACUGGCCUGCUCUGUAUGAACCACAUGGUGACGACCUGGAUGAACUAACUGACUGUGUUUCUGAGUACAUCAAAUUCUGCACGGACAACUCCAUCCCCACCAAGAAGGUGCGCUGUUACCCUAACAAUAAACCAUGGGUGACAAGUGACCCUUCUGAAUGAUAAGAAGAGGGCCUUCAUAGCUGGGGACCGCACUGAGCUCAAGAGAGUCCAGAAGGAACUGAAACACAGUCUGGAGCAGAGUAAGGACAACUACAGGAGGAAGCUGGAGGAGAGACUGGAGAGAAACCAAACCAGGGACGUGUGGAGUGGAAUAAGAGCGAUCACUGGUUUCCAGAGGAAAUGACUACAGGCUUAUUCCACUGACCUCUCAUGUUAUGAAGGUCAUGGAGCGGCUGGUGCUGUCACACCUCAGACCCCUGGUGAGCCCAUACCAAGACCCACUGCAGUUUGCAUAUCAGCCCAAGGUGGGAGUUGAUGAUGCAAUAAUAUACCUGCUGCAGAGGGCUUACAGUAUGGGUCAUGUUCUUCGACUUCUCUUCUGCGUUCAACACCAUCCAGCCGAGACUGUUGAGUGCUAAAUUAGAGAAGAUGCAGGUGGAGGCUCCCCUUGUCUCAUGGAUUGAGGACUACCAGACAGGUCGACCAGUUUGUGAGGCUGCAGAGCUGUGAGUCUGUCCUCCUGAUGAGCAACACCGGGGCUCCUGAAGGAACUGUGCUGUCUCCCUUUCUAUUCACCACCUACACGGCUGAAUUCCAGUACUCUUCUGAGUUAUGUCACCUCCAGAAGUACUCGGAUGACACAGCCAUAGUCGGGUGUGUGGAGAGAGGACGGGAGGAUGAGUACAGGGGCCUUGUGGAGAGUUUUGUCAGGUGGUGUGGGGAGAAUCACCUGCAGCUGAAUGUGGCCUAGACAAAGGAGAUGGUGGUGGACUUUAGUAGGAGUCAGUCCCCGCCCUCACCUGUCUGUAUU